AUGAAGCUUCUUCUUUGGGCCUGCAUCGUGUGUGUUGCUUUUGCAAAAAAGAAGCGUUUCCCCUUCACUCAGGAGAAAUUUUUCUCAUCCAGUGAAGAGGAUUACAUUGGCUACCAUCAUAACCCACUUAAUCCAUCUCUGAAUAGCCCCUAUCACCCGCCAACCAAUUAUUUCCCUCCUCCUUACUAUCCCUCACAGAAUAACAUUCCCAAAUACCCUGACUUUGCUAACCCUAGUGCACAGGUACCUCCAUAUCCCUGGGUGCUCACUCCUACUGGGGUCCCUUAUUUCUAUCCCUUUCCUAAUUUUCCCUCAGCUACUUUGUUGGUCCCUCCUCCUCCUCCUCCUCCUGCUCCCCCUGCACAUACUGGGCCUUCCUCCUCCAUCCUUCCUUCAAAUAAUCCUGAAGCAUCUGCAGCACCUGCUGCCCAAUCUCCUGCAGCUGAGUCUGCUGCAGACAAACCUGAAGCAGCUGAACCUGUGGCCACUGAGCCUGCUGCAGCCACACCUGCUGCAGCCACUGUCCAGAUCUAA